AGAUGCCCAGGGCCCCUGGCCCAGGAGCCGAGCGGGCUGCAGCCUGACAGAGCGGAGCAGCAGCAGGGCGAGGGCCUGGGAGCAGGUUGCCUCCACGGGGGAGAUGGAGCUGGGACUUCCUGGCAGGAGGGCCGGGCUCUCCUUGGAGCUCCUGGUCCUGCUCUGUGCCUCCUUUCCCCACGAGAUACCUGGUAAAGAAGUGAAUCUUCUUGACACAAGUACUGCUGAAAAUGAGCUAGGCUGGUUGCCAGAUCCUCCGGAUUCUGGGUGGGGUGAGGUGCAGCAGAUGAUCAACGGCACCCCUGUGUACAUGUAUCAGGACUGCAGCGUCACCUCUGAAGGAGAUACUGACCACUGGCUCCGCACCAACUGGAUAUUUCGAGGUGAGGCCCCCUCACACAUCUUUGUGGAGCUGACAUUCACCAUCCGGGACUGCAAGAGUUUCAGAGGGGAGGUGGUGAGCUGCAAGGAGACCUUCAACCUCUACUACAUGGAGUCUGAGCAUGACGUUGGCAUCCAGUUCCGUCGGCCACUUUUCACCAAGAUCAACACUGUGGCAGGUGACCGCAGCUUCACAGCCCGGGACAUUGAGAUGGGUGCCCUGCAAUUGAACAUGGAGGUGUGUUCUAUAAAGAAGCUGCAGCAGCGUGGCUUCUAUCUGGCCUUUCAGAACUCGGGGGCUUGCGUGGCACUGGUUUCUGUGAGGGUUUACUACAAGACCUGCUCCAGCACUGUGCAUAGACUAGCACACUUCCCAGAGACAUUAGCCAGUUCUGAAGGAGUAGCAAAAGUGCCCGGCACCUGUCUAAAGGAUGCAGUUCAGGAAGUGGGACUUCCACCCAUGAUGCACUGCAGCUCUGAUGGGGAGUGGCUGAUACCGGUGGGUCGGUGCAUAUGUGUCAUUGGCUUUGAAGAGGCUUCAGGAAAAUGUGUGGCCUGCCAACCAGGGUUUUAUCGCCACUCUUUGGAGAUGGAGCAGUGCCUCAAAUGUCCCCCAAACAGCUCCUCCAGUUCACCUGCAGCCACAGGCUGCCCCUGCCUCAAAGGCUUCUUUCGGACAUCCACCGAGGACCAAACUGUCGCCUGCACCCGCCCUCCUUCGGCUCCUCGCAAUGUCAGCUUCUCCCUCGUGGGGACCCAGGUCUCCCUUUGGUGGCAGCCGCCCCUUGACCACGGUGGCCGCAAAGACCUCUCCUACAACGUCUCGUGUCAACGCUGCCACUACCUGGUCUGCGAACCCUGCGAGAGUGGCGUGCUGUUUUCCCCCAGCGCAUUAGGCCUCACCAGGCCAAGUGUGGUUGUGGAUGGCCUGGAGGCUUAUACUAAUUACAGCUUCAUUGUACAGGCUCAUAAUGGUGUGUCAGAGCUGAGCCCUGCCUCACGCAGAAGUAGUAGUUCUCCUGUCUGGGUGUCUGUGGGCCAUGCAGCCCCAGUCAUCGUGACCAAUCUUGUCCUGGAUAGGCGGAAUGAUACCAGCCUCUCUGUGACUUGGCUACCUACACGGCAUCGCAGCCAGAGCUCCGUGAACUAUGAAGUUAUGUACUUUGAAAAGGGAGAAGAGAAACACUACACUGUGCAGCACCUCCAGGAACCCCAGGUGACCCUGACAAACCUGCAGCCUGACACGGCAUACCUGCUGCGUGUGCGCUCCAUCACUCCAUUGGGACCUGGACCAUUUUCCCAGGAGCAGGAAUUCUGCACUCUUCCACAGGACACCGGUGCACCAUCUGGAGGAGUGAUUGUCUCAAUUAUCUUCGGAAUCCUGCUGUUUAUUGGUCUGCUUGUGGGACUCUUCCUUUUUCGGCGAAGGAGAGCUCGGCAUCACCGAGCACGACCGUGCCACAAGCAGCCCAGCUACGACCGAGAUGAGAUCUGGUUGAAACCUUAUGUGGACCUUCAGCCCUAUGAGGAUCCCAGCAGGGGAGUCUUAGAAUUCACGAAGGAGCUGGACCCCUCUCUUGUCACCAUUGAGACUGUUAUUGGUGAAGGAGAGUUCGGAGAGGUCUAUCGUGGGACUCUGCGCUUGCCAGGGAAGGAACGCCUUGUUGUAGCCAUCAAGACCUUGAAGUCAACCUACUCAGAUUCAACAUGGUGGAAUUUCCUGCGUGAGGCAACCAUCAUGGGCCAGUUCAAUCACCACAACAUUGUCCGCUUAGAGGGAGUUGUCACCAAACGAAACCCAAUGAUGAUUAUUACAGAAUACAUGGAAAAUGGGGCACUGGACACCUUCUUGCGAGAGAACAUGGACAAGUUCAGUUGCGUGCAGCUGGUGACCAUGAUGCAGGGCAUUGCCGCAGGGAUGACCUAUCUGUCAGACCGCAACUACGUACACCGGGAUUUGGCUGCGCGCAACAUUCUGGUGUCUCAUAACCUUCAGUGCAAGGUGUCUGAUUUUGGCCUUUCUCGGAUCUUAGAAAACGACGUGGAAGGAACUUACGAAACAAAGGGUGGCAAGAUUCCCAUCCGAUGGACAGCUCCUGAAGCCAUCGCCCACCGAAUCUUUACCUCUGCCAGUGAUGUCUGGAGUUUUGGCAUUGUCAUGUGGGAAGUACUGUCAUAUGGCGACAAGCCUUAUGGGGAGAUGACCAAUCAGGAGGUGAUGAAGUGCAUAGAGGAUGGAUACCGGCUCCCUCCACCUGUUGACUGCCCAUCCAUCCUUUAUGAGCUCAUGAAAGUGUGUUGGUCAUAUGAUCGGACACGGAGGCCACGUUUCCGGGAAAUCCACGUUCAGCUAGAACACUUCAUCUCUAGUCCACAUUUGCUUCGAACUGUGGCUGAUUUUGACCCCAGGGUGACACUUCGUCUCCCCAGCUGCAGUGGGUCUGAUGGGAUUCCUUAUCGGUCAAUUCCUGAGUGGCUGGAAUCCAUCCGUAUGAAACGCUACAUCAUCAACUUCCGCACUGCCGGCCUGAACACCAUGGAGUCUGUCCUGGAACUCUCUGCUGAGGACUUGAAGCAAAUGGGAGUGACUCUUCCUGGCCACCAGAAGCGGAUUCUGUGCAGCAUCCAGGGCUUCAAGGAGUGAUGGUCUCACCCCACCAAGCUGGCCGCUAGGCUCCACGCCUCAGAGAAGGCUCAGCACUGAGCCCAACGGCAUCGAGAGAGGCAAAAGAGGACCACGGGACGGGAUACUGCCAUUGUCCAUGCUCACAGCAGCCCGGACAGCCAACGUCUAGUGGCAGAGCCUACAGCCAGCCUUUGCUGCAGUGACGUGUUCACUGGGCCCCAAGGCACACAGGCUGGGAUUUGAGCUACCCAGGGCAGGAAGCGACACUCCAAGGGGCUCCCUGCAGAUAUGAAGCCAGAUGAGUGGUGAGCGCUUCCAAAAGCAGGCUCCUGGCUCUUCCGUUUCCUGCAUCUUCUAGGCUCUCUGCCUCCUCUCCACUACUGUGUUUUCACUGUGCCUGUCUCAUGUCACAGCUGCCAAGGAAGCAAUGUGUGCUUGCGAUUUUAAGCAGUGAUUGAAGACAUUCUAGCAGUAAAGCCAUAUCCAGCUAUGGGGGUCCCCUUCUAAUGCAAAAUCCUGGGCCCUCUUGUUGCUUGCACAGUUCAUGGGGGCCAAGACCUUCUGUCCCCAUAGCGCACACCUGUUGUCGUCGUCACACAGCAGGUUCGACCCCAUUGGUACUGCCCCGACCCUAGUUCUUUUGUAUGUAUCUUUUCUCUCCUGGAGUCUCGUGUCAGAAGUAGAAAUGGCUUGUUUACAGCAGGGCAUCACUUGCUGCUGGAAGCUUUGCUUCCUCAAGUUGAGGACCUUGCCUAUAUAUUUAAAGUAUCAGGAAAGGGUGUAGGGGGAAACCCAGGCCUGGAAUUAUCAUGCGUUGUAUGUAUGAUUUUGUAAAUAAACU